CCCGGUACUAAUUACUGAUAUCUCAACCUCCUUCAUCAUCAAACCUAUGACGUCUCUCUGUUUCCCCUGAAAUAUAGUAACAUCUUUGAUCUUUCAUUUCCUCUUAUUCUUAUUUUGAGCAAAAAGUUAAAUUAAAAUUCUCUUUAUUUUCUUCCCCUUUUGGUCUUCUUCAAAAGCCCCCACGAUUCCCUUUAUAUUCUCCACCACAUUCGAACGGAAAACGUUACAAAGAUCAUGCAUGCUCCACUUUUCAUGUGAUUAAUUCAUUAAUUUAGGACCAUUUCUCUUCCAACAAAAAUAACCUUAUAUAUAUAUCACUACAUACAUUCUCACAAUUCACAUCACACUUUGCUUCUCCUUCUCUUAAUUCAGUAUACCAUUUCAAUUUUCUAAGCCAUGUUGCCACAUUGUUCUUGUUCAUCAUUUGUCACAUUGCUGACCCUGUUACUAGUGGUGGUUCUUCUUGUUGAUCCAACAUCUUCAACAUCCAGAGGAGCUUCCAAUGGUCUGAACAAUCACAAACUCUCUCACCCUCACCAUGGUGGAUUCAGAGUCAAUCUUCACCAUGUUGAUUCAGGGAAGAAUCUGACAAAACUGGAGCGUGUGCAACAUGGGAUCAACCGUAGCAAAACCAGGCUUCAGAGGCUGAAUGCAAUGGUUCUAGCAGCAGCUACAACAUCAGAAGAUUCUUCACAAAUUGAAGCUCCAAUUCAUGCAGGAAACGGUGAGUAUUUGAUGGAGUUAUCCAUUGGAACCCCACCAUUAUCUUACCCUGCAGUUUUGGACACUGGAAGUGAUCUCAUAUGGACACAGUGUAAGCCUUGUUCCCAAUGCUACAAACAACCCACACCCAUUUUCGAUCCUGAGAAAUCCUCAUCAUUUUCCAAGCUUUCAUGUGAUAGCAACCUUUGCAGUGCUUUACCAACCUCAACUUGCCAUGGUAACGGUUGCCAAUAUCAGUAUUCAUACGGUGAUUAUUCAGUGACACAGGGGAUUCUGGGAACAGAGACUUUCACUUUUGGGGACUCUGGAGAAAACAGAGUAUCAGAAAACAGAGUAUCCAUCAAGAACAUUGGUUUUGGCUGUGGAGAAGACAAUGAAGGUCAAGGGUUUGAACAAGCUUCUGGGUUGGUUGGGCUUGGGAGAGGUCCUUUGUCAUUGGUUUCUCAAAUGAAAGAGGCUAAAUUCUCUUAUUGCUUAACCUCCAUGGAUGAUUCAAAAGCUAGUGUUCUGUUAUUGGGUUCUCUUGCAAAAGCAACAAAAGAUGCAAUUUCUACACCUCUUCUCACAAAUCCAUCACAACCCUCUUUCUAUUAUCUUUCCCUUGAAGGAAUCUCUGUUGGUGGCACUCAAUUGUCCAUUGAGCAAUCCAUUUUUGAUGUUUCUGAUGAUGGGAGUGGUGGUGUGAUCAUAGACUCAGGCACCACAAUCACUUAUUUGGAAAAAAGUGUUUUUGAUACACUCAAGAAGGAGUUCAUUUCCCAAUCAAAUCUUCAAUUAGAUAAAUCAAGCUCAACUGGGCUUGAUGUUUGUUUCAGCCUUCCAUCAGAGACAACCCAAGUGGAAGUUCCUAAGCUGGUUUUUCAUUUCAAAGGUGGGGAUUUGGAGUUGCCUGCUGAAAACUAUAUGAUUGCUGAUUCAAAGUUGGGUGUGGCUUGCUUAGCCAUGGGAGCUUCCAAUGGCAUGUCUAUCUUUGGCAAUGUGCAGCAGCAGAACAUUUUGGUGAACCAUGAUCUUGAGAAGGAGACUAUUUCUUUUGUGCCUACACAGUGUGAUCAGUUGUGAGUUUGUGUGAUGGAUUAAACAUAAUCAUAAUAUGUUUUAAUUGCUAUGUUUUGUUUAAUGUUACCUCAGAUCUUAGUUGCUUUAAUAAUAUGAAAUUUUCCACUCUA